UUCAAAAUAGUUUCUGUAGUAGAAUAUGAUAACAUUUCUAUUGACAAUCAGAAAUAUGAAGUGUUUAAUAAUCUUUGCCAUUUUGGGCUCAGUUUUAAGUGCACCAACGUGCGAAAACGAUCAAUAUAUUCCUGACCAAGACUGCUCUAUAUUUUGGCAAUGCUCUAAUGGAGUUCCAGUUUUGCAAAACUGUCCAGAUGGUCUUCACUUUAAUCCAGUUUUAAACGUAUGCGAUUGGCCAGAUUUUGCAGGAUGCAGUGAUGGUCCUUUACCUAAAAAAACAAUUAUUUCCUCAACAGAAAAAUCAUCUACAUCAAGUGGUGCUUUAACUGAUAUAACUCCAAAAUGUGGAGAGCAACAAUAUCUCCCAGGUCACAAUUGCACUUCAUUCUGGGAAUGUUCCAAUGGCGUACCAUAUUUGCAAUUAUGCCCUGCCAAUCUUGAAUUUAACGCAAAAUCGCACGUUUGCGAUUAUCCUAAAAACGCUGGGUGUAAAAAACAAGCACAAACUUCAACUGAAGUUUCAACAGAAGCUCCCUUGAGUACUGUAACAGAGCCAUCUGAAAUAUUUAAUUCAUCCGAUUCCUUUGAAGAAUCAGGUAAUGAUGAGAACACUGAGGCUUCAGGUGAUGAUGCGACUAUUGAAGAUUAUGUUUCUUCCGAGGUACCAGAAACAGCCCCAACAUGUGGGGACCAACAAUAUCUCCCAGGUCCAAAUUGCUCUUCAUUCUGGGAAUGCUCCAAUGGCGUACCAUAUUUGCAAUUGUGCCCUGCCAAUCUUGAAUUUAACGCAAUAUCGAACGUUUGCGAUUAUUAUGAAAAAGCUGGAUGCAAAAAACAAGCACAAACUUCAACUGAAGCUUUCUUGAGUACGGUAACAGAGCUAUUUAAAACACCCAAUUCAUCUGAAUUCAGCGAUGGAUCAAGUAAUGAAAACACUGAAGCUUCGGGCGAUAAAGAAAGUUGGGCUUCAUCCGAAGAAUCACUCAAUGAUGAGUCCGAAGAAGCUUCUGGAGAAAAUUCUAUCACCACUGAAGUUUUACCAACCCCAAUAAGUCUCCCAACAUGUGGAGAUAAACUAUAUCUCCCAGGUCCCAACUGCUCUUCAUUCUGGCAAUGUUCUAAUGGUGUUCCAUAUUUGCAAAUAUGCCAUGCAAACCUCGAUUUCAACCCAAUUUUAAAUGUAUGCGAUUGGUCCGAAAAUACUGAAUGCAGAAACAAAAUGAGUGGUUCUACUGAACAAUCAAACAAAAGUUCUUCUAAUGCUUCAAAUGAAGAUUCUGAAGAGUCUAAGGAAUCUGAAGAGUCUAAGGAAUCUGAAGAGUCUAAAGAGUCUUAUGUAUCAUCCAAGGAACCAAUUACUACUCCCAUCUGUGGCGAUAAACAGUACCUGUCAGAUUUAGACUGUACCAUUUUCUGGGAAUGUAACAACGGAAUUCCAUAUUUGCAAAGAUGUCCAUGGGGACUUCACUUUAAUUCUAAAUUAAACGUUUGUGAUUGGCCACGAAAUGCUAGAUGUCAAGAAUCUUCUGAUGAACUAUACGAUGGUAUACUCGAGUAAAUACAAAUUAAAACCUCAAAAACAGAACGUUUGAUAGUAAAAAAUCUAAUAAAAUAAGGAUUUGUUUGACUUAAUACUACUUAAUACUAAUACCAAAUAAAUAAUAUUACAAUAUAUAUUUAAAUCUG